ACGGGUCCGCGACCGCCCACCACAGCGGCCAACCGUGUCGUCCAAUUAGACGGCGCUAAUGACACCAGCGAUGAGGACGACGACGAGGAUGACUACCGGGACAGAGACGAUGACGACCACGAAGAUAAUGACGAAGAGAUUAACGACGACGACAACGAUGGCCAGGGAGAGGAUGAGGAACCGCUGAACUCUGGCGAUGAUGUUAGCGAUGAAGACCCGACGGAACUGUUCGAGACGGACAAUGUGGUCGUUUGCCAAUACGAUAAGAUUACUCGAAGUCGAAACAAAUGGAAGUUUCACUUAAAAGACGGGAUAAUGAAUCUUCAGGGAAAGGAUUACGUGUUCCAGAAGGCUGUGGGCGACGCCGAGUGGUAGCCGUUCGCCGGUUCUCCGCCUCAUGUGUUUGCCGGCAAAGAAUGUUAUCAACGAUAGAGUCGAUGCAUGUCUUCGGAAGAGAUAUUUUCGUUAUUUAAAUAAUAAUCUAAUGAAUUGUUUUCUAAUAAUAAUGAUAAUAAGUGUAAUAAUAAUAAUGGCUUUGAUAUUAAUCGCCAAAAA